AUGGUAGAUUGGAACGGACUUUUUAAAUGGUCAAUAAACCAUCAAGAUGGAACUAAACCAUCAAGUUUCAAAGUGAUGUCAAAGGAGGAUAGAGACUGGCUUGAAUCAGCCUUGAAAGAAUUCACCUUUAAUGAUGUAGACAGAAUGAGGGAAAUUUGUAAAGACCUCGGAGAAAAUCACUAAACUAUGUCAUAAGAAAUUUUACUUGAUCAUUUGGAGGAGAUACUUGAAUUAGUCGAACUACAUCCAAGAAGUGGUCUUAAUCUGUGUCUUUGCGGGGGAAUGAAGAUUGUUAUGGAAAUUAUGUUUGAUAGCAAAGAUAAAGAAGCUAGGAAAUUAGCUUGCUCAAUUUUCUCAUUCUGUGUAUAAAAUAGCAAGGAAGUGCAAACAAUUGUGCAAAAGUUAGGUGCUCUUAACUUAAUGCAUCAAUACAUCAGAGAAGAACUGCAAUCUAACAAAGAAGCAGUGAUUGGUGCUCUAAGCCAAUAUCUCAAAGGGGAGAAUUUCUCAGGCAAAAUGGAGUUCAUUAACGAUCAGUCUGGACUUUCAUUUAUUAAGGAAGCUUUAUUAGCUUGUCCUUAAGACUAAUAUAGACAUUCCAAGAAAUUCCUUUGGGUUAUUUACGAUUUCUUGCUCUCAGAUGACUAAUUAAAUAUAGAAAAUAACCCCACCUUCAUAAGAUAAUAUCUGUCAGAUGACUAGAUUCUCAUAUCAAGACUAAUUGAGCUUUUGACCUUAGAUUCUUAGAGUCAGGAGAACAUAUUUAAUCAUUAGCUUCAUGAGAGAAGGGAUGUGAUACUUAAAAUAUUACAAUACUUAGUCAACUAAUAAAAGGAAUAACUGCUUACUUAAAUCUAGCCAACUCUUAAUAAACUUGAUCAGGAGUUGAAGAAAGGAUUACUCUCUCAAGAUCAGAGUAAAAUAGAAUAUUUGGAAUUGCUGGAACGAGAAUUAACUUUGAUAAAAGAAGUGGAAUUAGCACCAUCAAAAAAAAUCAAGUCCAAUUAUGAAGAAAUAGAAUUUAAGCCCGUAAUACAUCUUAAAGACAAUGAGGAAGAAAAGAAGGAGGAAUAAAAACCACUAGCUUUAGGCUUUUGA